CAGGCAGCCAGCAGACAAAUCCGUAGGAGAAGAUCCACUUCUUCCAGCCUCAACACAUGUGCUGUGCAUAUUGCCGCAGAUCAUUUGUUCUUUAAACACGUGGGUUUAUCUUCUGAGCGAGCUACGGUAGCAGAGAUGGUGUAUCACAUGGGGAUGGCUGAUAGAGCCUUUAGAGCAACUGACUUUAACCAGGAUGGGGGAUCUGGAGAUGGUAUUGGUUUUGUCAUAGCAGCUGUAACUGUUUUUCACAACGAGACCUCCGAAGGUAGGUUGAUUAAGAUCAAGGCUGAUAAGGAUGUCAAAGGGGGGAUUUAGCUGGACCGGGAUAGUGGCAUGGGGUGAGGGGGGGGGGGGGGGGGGGGGGGGGGGGGGGGGGGGGCAUGUUUAUACCAUCGAUUCGAUGGCUAUAUUUGAUUGGAAACGAGGCUGAUCGAUGGUAUAUUUGACUGGAAACGUAACGAGGCUGCUUGGGCAAAGUGAACUAAAACAAAUUGCGUUCAGCAGCUAUUCGAAGGCGAAAUACCUGAAUUUUUGACUUAAACUGAACGGGAAAAUGCAAGAAUGCGCAAAACAUAUUGCUCGAUGGAUUUUAUCGACUCUUAGGAGUAUCUGCAAGACAACCAACUGUUUGUAUCCUGUAACCGUGCCAAGAAAUAGCCCAAAGUUUUGCAAAAAGUCUGCUUGGAGGUAAGCAUGUUAAGAACUGCGAAAUAUAUUGAGGAUGUUAUUCACCUCUGCUUCAGCCUUGGUGAAUAACAUCCUCCUCGAUCUGCAGAAUUCUUCACAUCCCUUUUUUAUUCAGCCUCACCCCUCAUUCAAUAAUUGUUAAUGAUCAGUGACUGCUGAUGUAAAUAAUGAGCCUAGAUGAGUUGAUACAUCUCAGAUAAAAAUUAAUCAAUAGUAAAGAAAUAUAGCUAUUGCAAGUUUAACCAAUAGCAUACGAGUUCUUAACAACUCAUCUAGGCUCAGUCUUUCCAGAGACUCAAACCAAAAUUGAAUUGUAGUGAUAAAAUUCGGUAUAAUUACAUAACAGUACCUCCUGACGUCUUGUUUUCUUACAACUCAGGCUCUUUAGCAAGCCCAGAAAGCAUCAAAAUUAUGCCUUUUCUCGAGAAAUGGAGCGAGAUCGAUCACGACUCAUACUGUCUGGCACUACUGUUCACAUACAGAGACUUUGAAGACGGGGCCUUAGGACUUGCCUGGGUAGCAGAGCCUGAACUAGACAUACCUGGCGGAAUAUGUUCAAAGAGGCUUCCUGUAGAUGAUCUUGGAGAGGAGACAUUUAAUUUCAACACAGCAAUUGCGAGCUUUAAAAAUUUUGGCGUCAGGAUCCCAAGGAAAGCGUCCGUGAUCACUGUGGUUCAUGAGCUUGGACAUAGCUUUGGAUCAGAGGUAUAUGGCAUGCGCAACAACGUACGAUGAUGAUCAUGAAUGAUAAGCAAAGACGGCGGAUUGAUUUUCUUGACCCUCCCCCCGGGACAUUCCCUUAUUUGGCCGGGUAUGUGCCGCUACGCGUAAAUGCCGGAUAUGGUUUUCAGGGUAUCAUUGAGUCUUAAACAGGGUGUACAAUUUUUAACUUAGCUUUCCAAGGCUUUUAAAAGAGUGUAAAGUUUAGCAAUGAGUGGUCUUCAUUUGGGUGGUACGCAGCAAGUUAUUCUUUUUUUCCCAAAAAAUCGCAGAUUAACAAAAUGCGAAAUGAAAUGAAUCGGGGUCUUUCAAUAAGGUCUUUUGUUUAGGGUAGCGAAAUGAUCGAUGAAAGAUGAAUGAUGUUUGUCAAUGUUGGCCAGGGUUUGAAUGCCUUAGCCGGCACACCUCGAAGGGCAAAUAAUACAUUUGAAGAGCUAAUUUUUUAGUCAACACUCUUAGUAAAAGGUAGUAUAUGUUUUGUUUUUUUAUAAUAAUCAUUAUUAUUAUCGUUAUUAUUACUAUAAUUAUUAUUAUUGUGAUUUUUUUCUGUUCUUCCCAGCAUGAUCCGGACUCCGCGCAAUGUUCACCGGGCGGAAAAGCUGGUAAUUUCAUCAUGUACUCCCGUGCCAGCGACGGGCAUGAACCGAAUAAUCUUCUGUUCUCUCCAUGCAGUAAGCGGCAGAUAGCUCUUGUCAUUUCUAGAAAAGGUGCUGAUUGUUUCAUUGGUGAGUUAUACAUUAGCCUCCCACGAAGGCGUUUUUAUACCCUGUUAGCAAAAGCCUCUUUUCCCUGGUAUUUGGCGGGCGAAUGCCAGGGACAUAAGGCCUCUGCUAGAAAGGAAGCGUUUUGAGGGGGGUUGUAUUUCCUCCCUCCCCUGAUUACGACUUCCCUAAAAAUGCCUGCGUGGGAGGUUAGCUAUACAUUAGCCCAACAUUGAUUUGUCCGCUAUUGCCUGAUAAGUUUCCAAAAAGCAAAACACAACGCCAAGCAAUGCAUGCGUCUCGAGUAUAGCUAAAAUUUUCCUCACAUAGUUUUAAGACUAUUAACAGACAUUUUGAUUCAUUUUUAACGACAACUGUUUCAGUUCUUUUCGUAGUUAGUGGAAAGCAGUAAAAAUACGGGUACAGAGAGUGCAAGCCCUCUCCACAAGACCAGUCUUUUUGGUCCUCAAACUCGUCCUCAGGGCGCCCCCACUUUAUUAGGGAAAAGGCCCUUUGGCACGGCAAUGUUUGGCCUUUUCUGAGUCGGGAGCGGAGCGAGAAAAAUUAAAGCGAGGGAGAAAGAGGAAGAGACAUUUCCAUUGCCUUUUCCUCACACGUUCUUUACUGCUUCGUUCUUCCACUUUCUUAACGCGUAGAACAGGUUACGAAUGUGUUUAUAGUGAAAGUUGAAGUUUCACAAAAAAACUCUAUCGUAUUACCAGCUCAUAACAAUGGUUCGUACUGCGGCAACAAGAUCGUGGAGCAAGGUGAAGAUUGUGAUUGUGGAAGACCAACGGAGUGUCAAGCAGUGGACAAGUGCUGUGUGGCCAGAGAUGACAAGCGUGGGACACCAGGAUGUACAGUGAGGCCAGGAAUGCAGUGCAGGUUAUAUACACCCUAAGGCGGUGGCUUAACGCGCAAAAUAGGCGGGCACAACCUGCUAUCAAGCGUUUUUUUUUCGGGAGGGAAAAUGUCGGCGGACGGCGAGCCAUACAAAGAAAAAGGGAAGUUACAUGAUCGUAGGUUAAGGCGGGGAAUCAAACGUUUCCUUGCCAGCCUAACUGCAAAAGUUGACCCAAAUAAGCUGCUCGCCGUAGUCGCUUGCUACGGAAACGCUGGGAAACGUCUUCCCGCACAAACUAGCACAUAGGACAUUAGCCAUUAAACCUCGAGUCUCCAGUGCGCAUGGCACAUCGAAAUUAUAUCCAACUGAGCUAGAGGACUUACUCGAUAGGACACUUUUUUGUUGGAAUUGAGGAAUAUGGUAGCCUUUGUUGGUAAAGGAGUUUUGCACGUUUCGUUGCCAACUUCCGAUUUUUGCUCGCACAGACGCGUGAUGUAGAUUAAAAAUGAUGGUUUGCAAGCCCUUUCUAUUUGUAGACUAAAGACAGCUAUCACCUUUCACAGUUAAGAUUCUUUAUCAUUACUUUUUCCUCUUCAGUCAUGUGGCAGGGACAUGCUGCUCUGAAGACUGUAGAGUCAUCCCAGAAUCCCAAGCGCGCGUGUGUCAAACAGAAACAGAGUGCAGAGUGGAGACGACGUGUAAAUAUCCUUUCAUUGGUUCUUGGUCAUAAGGGAGGAAAACUCCCAUUCAGUGCGGCAAAGGGCGACAGUGGUAUAGGAAACACACCUGGUCACAGUCCAUCGUUCAAACAUGCUUACAUUCAGCUUUGUUUUGAGCCUUGGGCUUAAGCCUAGGAAAACGUACUUGUUUUAGAUUGUCUAGAGUGCCAACUUUAGGGGUACACAGAAGAGUAUUUUCAAACGAGAAGGUAACGUUUUUAAAAAAUAACGGUUAAAGUUGGUGGAAAUCGAGUAUCAGGAUAAUGAAAUAUAAAUAUAACGAUAAGAAACACAAGUCUAGGCAAGAGUCCAAACAAGUACAGAUUGGUGUUGCAAUAAAAACGGAUGUGCAAGCAGGAAAUAUAUUCAAGUUCUUACCCAUUGGUGAUUACACUUAGUCAAUCAUUUUUAUCACUAGUCUACAGCUGCCCGCGACCAGUGGUUUUACCGCUGAGCGCUACAAAACAUGCGCGUGUAGGGUUCGACGGAGAAACCACCGUGUACGGGUGGUUACAUAACUGUAUGUCACAACCUAGUCAUGAUUUGGCUUGCGUUUCCCACGGAAUCAGCACUCUUAAGUAUGCGUUCGAUUGAUCGUACCUCGGAAUAAGUAUACGCAAAAUUGUUGUUGCAAAUCUCUGGUACCAUGAUUUUUGGACCAUUUGAACGCUAGAUACAGCGGAAUAUUUUAUUUCAAGCAGAUUCCAAGGAAUGCAAAGAAUACCAAAACAAAUAACUUUCUAGAGUCUAUUUCAUUUAUUAUUAUUACGGAAAACCGUCAGUCGAACACGCCCUUAGCCUACGUGUAGCUGCACCAUCCCCCGACAAAGGAAAAACGGAGAGGGGGAGGGUGCGGCUACACGUAGGCCAACACGCCCUAACUUUAAUGAACUUUUCCGUUAACUCUUCAAAAUGGCCGCAGUGGGCGUUGCCCCGAAGAGUGGAAACCGAGUAACGUAACAUGUAAUAGCGGAUCCAACACUUGCUUGGAUGGUGCCUGUACUGGAUCAAUAUGUGCCCUGUAUGGGACCAAUGAAUGCGAAUGUCAUGACGAUCCAGAUGAGAUGUGCCACGUUUGUUGUAACAACAGCCUUGUGAGUCUAUAUUAAGUUGGUGGAAUUAAAUAUUUUCUUAUCUUCAGAUGUGAGUAGUACAUUGUAGGGGAAUUGCUGUAAACAGCUCAAAGUGUAGUUAAGCCGAGCAAGAAGAGCUUUUAGCGAAAUAUAUUGGUGGAAAUCUGAGGACAGAAGCCAAGAAAUAUGGGUUUCCUUAAAGUGUUGGUAACUCUGUGCGGCACUGUUUUAGAACGUCCAAAAAAUUAUUUCAUGUUUUUAUAUUUAUCGUUUUAAUAACCAAAUAAUCCGAUCUACCCCUUGUCAAAACCCAUUUUCAAACAUGAAUCUUACAUCGAUAUUUAAGAAGGUAGUUUGGCCCGGUGUGGGCAAAAAUAAUGGUAGAAAUAGGAAUAAAACCUUUUUCAAUAAAAAAUGCAACUUUUCAAAAAAGUGGCUGCCAAAAAUCGGUAGCCAUAGUAACAUCAAUGUUGAGGUAUACGUCAGGACGACUUUAAAAUGUUCCCAGAUAAAUUUCGCUAAGUUUGGCGGUCUAGCUUGAACGGUUUUAUUAAACGUUAUUCAAUUUAUUAGAGCCGGGGGCCGGUUUUUAUAGGGUUAAACAGAGAAUUUACAAAUUUACGGCCAAAGCCAUCUCUUUUUAGCCCGCUCAAGUACUCUAAUGAUAGCAUGAACAUAGGAGUAAAUCCGCUCGCGUAAGUGCGGUGCACUAGUGCUUGCUGAGGGAAAAAUUAUUUGAGGGUUGGUGGUUGGCAUAUUUUCGUUACUGUAAUGUUCCCAGGCAAGCAAGGAAGAAAAAAGAAAAGAAAACGAGAGCCUCUUAUAACAAGAAGACAUAACCAUGUGCAUUGUUGAUUUGCUGUUGCAGGGAGUCUGUGUGUCAGCCAGCUACUAUCUGGGAAGGGUGAUUCUUAAACGUCCCGGCAGCACUUGCAAGCUUCAUACUGGGUAUUGCGACUCGUUUGGAUUCUGCAUCACAGUGGAUAGUAAUGACUUACUGAACAAUCUCAGGGACGCCUUUAAAAGAUUAUUCUCCAAAGCUGCUAUAAAAAGCUUUUGGACCUGGAUUAAGGGACAUUGGUACGUUUUUUACUGUUUUGAGUUGGCUUGA